CAGCCUCCCACAACACCACCCCACCACCAGCCCACGCGGCGCAUUCCCUUCACGUUUCUUCUGCACCUUCCCAAUCGCGUAGCACGCGAAAACACGCGCAAUGGCAGACAUGAUCGAGCGCGAAGAGGCCACAGUCAUCCCCGCGCGCGGGCCACGGCGGUCGCGUCUUCCUGCGCCGCUGCGAGUGCCCAUCCUGGUCGUGCUGAAUCUGGGCAUCAACGCGCUGCUGUGGCAGACGGUCGCGAACUUCGUGCCGCCAGAGCUCGGAUUCGUCAGCAAGGCGCCGACCGACGACGAUGUGUACAGCCUGUUCAGCCCGGUCGCGCGCCUGAUCACAAAGGUGCUGACCAUCUAUGCCACCUGGGCCGUCGGCUACGACUUCUACGAUGUGUCGGCCCUGACGCUCCUGACCAACGUGCCCUACGCGUACCUCCUGUCGACGUACUACCAGAUCUCCACCCUCACCGUCGCGGCGCACAUGAACAUUGAGGUCCUGUCCAUUGCCAUACCGACCUACCUGCUGCGCUCGCGGGCGCCCGCCCACCGCGCCAGCGUCCCCCUGCGCAACCGCUUCCUGCUCGACAGCGUGCAGGUGCAGUUUUCCAACGCGCUGCUCGCCAUCUGCGUCUACGUCGUGGUCAUCUGGGGCGGCCUGAAGACGGGCCUCCUCAACAGCUUCCUGGUGACCUACUUCGACAUCCCGACGCUCGAGGCCGCGCACCUCGAGACCCCGAUCACCGUCGCCGCCAAGAUCUUCACCGCCGGCUUCGCCGCAAAGGGCUUCCUGCUCAACCCCUCCAUCGCCGCGCAGACGCUGUCCGGCCAGACAACCCCCGUCGCUAACUUUGAUGCCACCACCGCCGACCUGCAGGCCACCCUCAAGCACAACUUCUGGUACUUUGGCCGCCGCACCCGCACCCUGAUCCAGCAGACCUGGAUCCUCUGCUUCUUCCUCGUCCUCAACACCGUGCAGCGCUGCUUGACGCUCAACGGCGCUGAGUUCACCGGCGCCGCGGGGUACGCCGGUAUCUGGGCGGUUGCGAACGCCAUCAUCGCGGUGUGGUUUGCGUGGGUUGGCGACACCAGCACCGACUACGUUGUCAAUUAAAUGUUGUAGCAACAGCGAGACAGCAUGCUCGGGGUUUGUCACCUGAAGCAGGUGGUGUUCAAGAGGCGGGUUGAAUUGUAGGACGGCAUUGGGGUCUGGGAAUGGUGCAGCAUGGUUGCCGCAAGCAUUCACCAGCAGCAGACGCGUUCUCAACGCGAAGCGAGAGCAGAGAAGAUUACGAUAAGAGGACAGGUCGAUACCAUUUCCUGUAUAUCAUUACAUAGUUUGAGUUCGAGUUCGGGUUCAAUUUCAAGUUCAAAGUCAAAGUCAAAGUCAAGUCAAAGUCAAAGUCAAGUAAAAGUAAAGUCAAGGUUCCAAGGUUCAAAGUUCAACAUUCCAAAACUCCAUCUUCACAUCCUCACGUUCAAAUUCGACAUGCAUUUCAGUUCUGAUUCCAGACCCAGACUCGACCCCGACCAGCCUCGCCCAGAGCCCCUCUCGGC